UGUGUUUGUCUGGGUGCUUCUCCUUCUCACCCUCACACACACACACACACACAUGCCAGCCUCUCGUCUCUGCACUGAGGAAACCCUCGUGUGUGUGUGAGAGUCUAACUUUCUGAGCUGGAUCUUUUAUCCUUUUCAUCCCCAAACUCCAAGAAGGUGCCUUGAAAAAGUUUCUCCUCCUCGUCUGACUGGAAAGGAAACAUGACAGACGCAGCCACCAACAUGCGGCUGAAGCUGCCGAUCAUCUGCUUCGUCCUGCAGAUCAUCCUCAUCAUCCUCUUCGGUGUGCUGGUGCAAUACGACCAUGAGACGGAUGCAAAGGAAUGGCAUAACCAAACCCACCCUGACUAUGAUAACGACUUCUACUACCGCUAUGCAAGUUUCCAAGACGUACACGUGAUGAUCUUCAUUGGUUUCGGCUUCCUUAUGACCUUCCUGCAGCGUUACGGCUUCAGCAGUGUGGGCUUCAACUUCCUGAUCGCAGCUUUUGCUCUACAGUGGGCCACACUCAUGCAGGGUUUCUUCCACGGAAUGCAUGGAGGCAAGAUCCAUAUUGGGGUGGAAAGUAUGAUCAACGCUGAUUUCUGCACUGGUUCUGUACUGAUCUCAUUCGGAGCUGUUUUGGGUAAAACCAGUCCGGUCCAGCUGCUGGUUAUGGCGUUGUUCGAGGUCGUGCUGUUUGCUGUUAAUGAGUUCAUUCUGCUGACUGCUCUGGGGGCCAGGGAUGCUGGUGGUUCCAUGACCAUCCAUACAUUUGGAGCCUACUUCGGCCUGAUGGUGACCCGAGUCCUGUACCGGCCUAACCUUGACAAGAGCAAACACAAGAACAGCUCAGUCUACCACUCUGACCUGUUCGCCAUGAUCGGUACCAUCUACCUGUGGAUGUUCUGGCCCAGCUUCAACUCUGCCAUCACAGCUCAUGGAGACGACCAGCACCGCACCGCCAUGAACACCUACUACUCCUUGGCAGCUUGUACUCUGGCCACCUACGGCAUGUCUGCAAUCACAGCCCACGACGGCAAACUGGACAUGGUCCACAUCCAAAAUGCUGCCCUGGCCGGUGGCGUCGCAGCGGGAACAGCUGGUGAAAUGAUGCUGACACCUUUUGGCUCCAUGAUUGUUGGUUUCUUGGCUGGCGUCAUCUCUGUUCUGGGUUACAAGUACCUCCAACCCAUUCUGGAGGAAAAACUGAAGAUCCAAGACACCUGCGGGGUUCACAAUCUGCACGGCAUGCCCGGCGUCCUGGGGGCUAUUGUGGGAGCGGUCACUUCUGCAUUUGCAACCAAAGAUAUUUAUGGAAACGGUUUGGGAGACGUGUUCCCUGAUGUGGCGAGCGGAGAAAUCGAUGCAUCUUUCCAGGGUGUACGACAGGCCAUUUCUCUGGCUGUCACCCUGGGCAUGGCCCUGCUGGGAGGACUUAUCGUCGGGUUCAUUUUGAAGCUGCCCAUCUUCGGAGCUCCUCCUGACACCAUCUGCUUUGAGGACAGCGUCUACUGGGAGGUGCCUGGGGAAGAGGAGAGUCACGAUGAACAGCUGACCACAGUGAGGACGGAGGAGUCUGAGAAGCUCAACUGUUAAUCACACACAAGACAAACAGGCACAAUCACACACACCACACACACUCUGAGGUUUUAACAUCCUAGCACUUGAGACUUCACUCUGUAGGUUGUAUAAAUAAAAAAAGAAGAAAAAUGUACUCCCGUCUGCCCUAAUGUUGACAACCAGCUGUCAAAUGUCAGUUUUUACAGGUCAAAAAUCAUGUUUUUUUUUACAAAAAAAGAGAUAACACCUUUUCACAGGUUAUUGACAGCAUUGACCACUAGAGGUAGAUCUAGAGCUACAUUACUCUGUGCUACAGGCCUGUGAAAAGGGUGCAGUGGGAAAUGAUGUGUCUAUUUGAUGAAAGAUGGUGUCUAAUUGUCCCCUAAACCAGGCCAAGACAUGGUUACAGAAUUUAAUUUCAGCAGCCAGUUCAAACCAAAGACAAACAGACUCUUCUGGAGCCAGAAACCUGCAUUCGAUACUAACUGAGUCACUGUUGGGAAACAGAAAUUUAAAAAAUGGGUUAUAACCUUUUUUUUUUUUUUUUUUU